AUGGCAGGAUCCGGUAUUGGAUUGAUGAUUGUGCAAGCCCUGGCAGUCAACGGAGCAAAAGUCUAUAUCGUUGGUCGUACAGAGGAGAAACUUGAAACAGUUGUAAAGGCACACGGUCAAAAUAUUGCUGGCGAGAUCAUUCCAAUCACAGCCGACAUAACUUCAAAAGACGAUGUCGCCAAGCUGGCGAAAGAGAUCGAGUCACGCGAAAAGUGCCUCUGUGUGCUCGUCAACGGUGCCGGAAUAGCAACAAGCAAGCAAGCGCCAUAUGGUGAGACUGGCGAGGAGUUCAAGAAGAAUCUCUUCGAACCUGAGAGCGCGAACUAUGACGAUUGGGCCGAUACAUACAAGACGAAUGUGACGCAAUUAUAUAUGAUGACUACCGCAUUCCUCCCACUCCUAGAGAAAGCUACAGAGCACAACCCUGGAUAUUCUGGCACAGUGAUCAAUAUUACCUCCAUUUCCGGCAGUGUCGCCAAAUCGCAGGCUCAUUUUUCAUAUAAUGCAUCAAAGGGUGCCGCAGAUCAUUUGACAAAGCUUUUAGCUUCUGAAAUUGCGAAUCAUGGGAUGAAAGUUCGUGUCAAUGCCAUUGCUCCUGGAGUGUUCCCGUCGGAGAUGACGACACAGGAGAGUGAUGAUACAAACCAAAAGAGUUCGCUGCCAGCUGAGAAAUACGCCCAUUUGCCUGCUCGUCGACCAGGCAAUGAUAGGGACAUGGCUAAUGCGGCGAUAUUCAUGGUGACAAAUCAGUAUUUGAACGGGCAGAUUGUGGCCGUGGAUGGUGGGUAUUUGCUGAAGUUUGGGCGGUGA